AUGGCAGAUAUCACAUUCUCAGCUGUAGCCAAAUUACAAAUACAAGAAAUUAUUCGACUUGAAUUUGAAAUUCAAUCUAUUAUUCAACAAAUUAAAGAUAGCCAAGGACCUUUUGAAAUACUCAAUAGAUUGCAUAGCCAGGUGAAAGAUUGCAUGAAGAUCCUAGAGGAAGACGUCAAUAAAUUAAAGAUAUUGGCCCAUGAAGAGGAUAAAGACAGCCAAACACAAGAAAUCUUGCAAGUAGCAGGCCGCCACCAGCAACAACUGGAAAGCUCUCAAAAAUCUCUCAGGCGUGCCUUGCUCACCGCUAAAACUAACAUCGAAAAUACCGAUAGACAAGUACUUAUCGAAGGCGGUUCUUCCCAGUUAAGACAAAGGGUACAAACUAAAAAAGAAGCAGUCAAAUUAGCUAGCGAAGUAACGAAUGAACUAAUACACAUCAAUCAAAUGAUGGCGGAACAAGUUAAACAGAGCGAACAGAAUAUGCAGCUUUUAGCAACUUCAUCCAUGGCCCUCACCGAUACUGGAGAAGAGUUGAAAAAUCAGUCUGGAGUUAUUACAUCUAGUAAUAAGCUGCUGACAAAAUAUGGCCGACGUGAAUUAACAGACACUGUCGUUAUUUUUUUUGGUGUCUUGGUCUUUCUCGCCACAGUCUUAUAUAUACUCAAAAAGAGAAUGUUUUAA